AUGUCUUCCCCGAAAUCCCGUGCUCAAUCCUCCUCUGUUCCAGUCCCUCCAGAUUACAUUACUGGGGCUGGGAUUGAUAAGCAUGCGAUAAAGGUUAGGAGCAAGCUCCAUCCUUUUGCCCAGAAAAACCGAGACGAAAAUGUCCUCCAUUUAUUUGAAAAUACCUUGGUGCUGGGGCCUCACUGGUUUGGUCCCGUUCCUCCCAAGAUGGCGGAGCUGAUGAAGAAGGAUGCUGAGGCCCCUCUAUGUUUCGAGAGUUCUUCUGCUCUGGCUUCUCAUUCUUGGGUUAGCAAGAACUUGAGCCAUUCGUUCCCAUCUAGUGAAGUGAGAAACAGUCCAGUCAAGUGGUCUGAUUGGAUUGACAGGCUUCUUCCCCGAUUUGGGGCUCACUGGAAACGGGCUGGAAUUUAUGACGCCAUACUUCUGUCCAAGCAAUCUAUCAACAGAGAUAAGAACCUGCUUGCUGCUGCUCUGUGUUUCUGGAAUUCUGCCAGUAACACUUUCGACUUUCGUAUAGGCCUUAUGGCCCCAACUCUGCUGGAUAUGGCUCAGAUUUUUGGUUUUAAGCCUCAUGGAAGACCUGUUGAUGCUGUCGGUGAUUAUCACAGGAAGAAAAACCAACAGAAGCUAGCCAAGCCAUUCAACAUCUCUCCAGCCCUGAUCAACCAGAAUUGCUCUUUCUCCAAUUAUCUCAGAAAAUUUAGUGCCGAGAAGGACAAAGAUCAGCAGCAUAUGUUGUUUCUUCUGUAUUGGCUGAACAAGUUUAUUCUACCCAAUCGUUCUUCUGCAGUUUUGCUUGAGUAUAGACAUCUGGCAGAAGCUUUGCAUAAUCACACUGAUGUUGGACUCGGACCUACAGUUCUGGCUCAUCUAUUCAAGAACCUGCAUACUGCCACCCUGGAGUAUCCGCUAAAUCUGUCUGCUCCUGGUGCCUUCUGGAUGAUUCAGAUCUGGCUGCAGGUCUAUUUUCCUGAAUUGAGGUUUUCAGACAUAGUUCUGCCUGAGGAUCAGGUUCUGGCUCAGCCACUGUUGUCAACAAAAGUCCCCAAGAGGUCAAUUGAUGAGUACCUGAUGCUCUUCAGGCAUUGUACCAAGAGGUCUGCAGCGCAGUGGCAAGUGGUGAUCAGGAGAACCUAUCCUUGGUUUCAGCCUGGACAUCGUCUAUUUGAGAAAGAGCCAGAAGAAGAAUCUGCUAAAACUGAUUUCAGGAUGAAGUUCCUGAGUGUAACCUUACCCAGAGAUCUGCCUCACGCAGGAGGAAAGCCUCCAAAUUAUCAUUUGGGAGCGGAAGUCUACCAUCCCAACUUUUGUGCAAGGCAGCUUGGCUGCCCUCAGCUCAUACCCCUCAAGUCAUACAGAAGCUGCAAUCGGGGCUCUUCUUGGAGGGAUGCAGAUGAUUUGGAGGUCCACAAAGAUGCCAGGUGUGCAGUGAAUAAGAUUAACAAUAGUGCAGAUGCCCUUUAUCCUUCAUGGGAACUGAACUCCUUCAGUUCUGCGGAGUUUGAUGAUUGGUGGAAGGCCAGAUUCCGUGAUUUGCCUGCUUCUAGUACCGCACUUCAGGUUCUCUUUAAGGGCUGGGACAAUUGGACUGUCCAUACAGAUGAGGAGACUCACAAAUUCAUGGUGCAGACCAUUAAAGACAUCAAUAUGCAAGUUAUAGAAGAUCCCUCUUUGACAAAGAAUAUUGGUAGCCAACCUGCCCAGAGUGGAGAGGUGUUUGUUAAUUCUGUUAUUGCUGCUGGGGAUCUGGAGCUGCCCUCCGGGGAUGGAGAAGAGGAAGAAGAAGAAGAUCAGGUAGAACAGACUCCUGUUGAGGCCACUUCUCCUGUUAGAAGAAAAAGAAAAGAAACUGCGCAUGCCCAAUCUGUGACUCCAGCUGGAAGUCCUUCUCCUCCUCUUACUAAGUCAAAAAGACUUAGAAAGAAGAUUGUAGAAGAAUAUGUGGCCCCGGAGGGAACUAGGGCAGUUCCUACCACCACUUCUGGCACGGAUGAUGAUCUGAGAGAAGCUUUCGAAGCUGUGGAGCAAGAAAAGGAGCUGGAAGAGCUAGAAGAAGUAGGAGAUGAGCCUCAAGAGAAGGCCAAGACAGUGGAAGAAGAGAUUGCGGAGCUUCAAAAGCAGCUAGCAGAGCACCGGGAAAUGCAGCACAGGCUCGGGGCUGGAUUGAGCUCCAAGACCAAGGCCACCUUCCUUGUGCAAAGCAUGGUUGCAGCUUCUAGGCCAGCCCUGGAGAUUGCAACAUAG